GCCCAGAUCCAGGCUCAGAUCCAAGCACAGGCGCAGCAGCAAGGCGGGGCGGUUCCCCAGCAGAUCAAACUGCAACUGCCUAUCCAGAUCCAGCAGGCUCACCAAAUCCAGAACGUGGUGACGAUACAGGCCCCAACAAACCUGCAGGACCAACUUCAGAGGAUGCAGCAACCCAGAGACCAGCAACAACCACAACCGCAACAGCAGCAACAUCAGCAUCCACCACCAAAGAAGAAGAAACACCAAGAGAAUAAAAGGGAGCAUAAGGAUCAUAAUCAGUUGCCCGUGAGCUCGGGAGAUGGUGUUCAUAAACAGGUGGGAGCGAAGCAGAGCGUUACAGCCGAACAGCUCAAACAGAGGAAAACCCAAGCCGCUGCUGAGCGGGAGGAAAACCAGAGAAUGAUUGUGUGCAACCAGGUGAUGAAGUAUAUUCUCGAUAAGAUUGAGAAGGACGAGAAGCAGGCAGCUAAGAAGAGAAAGAAGGACGAGGUGGUUGAGCAGAAACGCUCCAAGCAGAAUGCCACCAAGUUGACGGCGUUGUUGUACAAGCAUAAAGAACACCUGAAGGCGGAGAUUCUAAAAAAGCGGGCUCUGCUGGACAAGGACCUUCAGUUGCAAGUGCAGGUUGGCAAGCAUUCAACUUGGUCCAAAGCACGCUUUAUGGAUUAA